AUGGACGAGAGCGAUCAGUCUCGGCGAGGCGCCUUUCAUGCUCGAAAGCGCGUCUUUGACCGCCUGUACCGCAAUGCCGACUUGGGGAUGCCGCUUCAGGCGUCUUUAGCCGACAUCGCGGCAGAAAUAGCCAGCUCUCCCGACCUAUCUGACAGCGUGGAGUCUACACACGCCAGAUCGACGACACCUCUCGAACCUCGUCCCGCGAAUGCGCCUAGGCGGAAGCUCAUCAAGCCACGACGUGUCGAUAUCGAGGCACCUGAGUUCCAGCGCGCCAAGGAGCCUCUGCCAGUCGAAUAUGUGCCUGAGCCCAGACCUGUACGGCCUGAUCACGGCCAUUCCAAGCUGCUCGGUCUGGGCCCUUACGGCACGACCUACACGCAACACUUCGAGGUGUUUCCGCUCGACCCCAGAGUCUAUUUUCACGAGACCAGCCUCAUUGGUAGCGGAAUCCUCGCGUCCUAUAUCAGAGGCGACGUCUCUGCCAAGGCAGCGGAUGCCCGCCCGCCCGUCUCCUUCAACCUGGGGAGCAGGUCCUUGAACUGGGGGGCCUGGGAUGCCCAAGUCUCCUCAGAGCUUGGCAUCGUGUUCGAUUUUGUUGCUGAACAAAUCGAGGGUGCUGACGCAGGUAACAUGGACUCUUCUUCGACCGCCAUCAACGCCUCCAUGUUUGUGUUGCGAUAUUUGAAGGAAUCUCUGAGCUUUACACGAGACAACGAUAUGAAAGCUUUCGCCGCUCGCGCGAUUGAGUGUCUCGCCUCUUUCAACAGCCGGGUCGGCUCUCUUGUCGAUGAUCAUACUCAAGCGCCAGAAGCGAGACAGAGCAUCGCAAUGCGAGUAUCUGACCGUAUGCUUCUGAUGGCACUCGUUGUUUUGCGUAUAUGCGGAGACGAGCCGAUGCUGUCCGUGGAGCAGUUUCAAGCCGAAGAUCUCCUGAAGCGAAUGUCCAAAACUUCAAUGUCGAUUCUUCGCGGCACAGGCGCCGCACCGAUCAGGAAGGCCUAUGAUGAGUUGCAAUCAAUACGGGUCCGGGAACGCGGAUUGCGGGAUGAUGCCUUCGUCAUUCAGUCAUGGGUGGUCCUGAUGAAGGUCCUGGAGGCCGCUCAUAUUCCUAGGGCAUCGUUCUGGGAAGUGGCCCAGGACAUCAUUAUUCCACCGUCAGUCGCCGCCAGCACCGAUGCGGAGAACUUUGAACGAUCGUGGGAUUUCAUGUUCAACCUUCUUCCGCUUGUCGAAUUUGGUGACUCUGGGGUCGUGGUCUCGGGCAGACGUCACGAUGUGAACAGUGACGGAUGGGGCAUCCCCCAGUCUUUGUUGAAACGCGUGUUUCGUUUAUACCAAGACAACACGCGGCAGUCUCCCAGCUUCAACGACUACUGCAGGGCACUUGUCGGGCGAUGCCACUGCCUCAUCCAACAAUGGGGGUGGCGGCGAUCCGCAGCCGUGGUUGGGGUCAUCUUCGACUUCUUUGGCUCCCAGGAUCUUGCACAUUUGCGCAAUGAAGAGGCAUACGAAUCUCCCCGGUUUUUAGAGGAACUCGCGGGUCGUCCAGUACUAGACGUUGAGCCUGGCGACCGAUGCUUUCACAUAUUCCUGAAGAUGGUCGGGCUGAGCAUCCGAAAGCUGAGGGAGGUCGAUGCUAAGAAGGACAUACGCAAUCUGGUCGUGAGGACGACGCCAAAUCACAACCGCCAACAUCUCAAGGAGCAAAAUGUGCACGCCCGCGAUCUCGCGGCCCUGAGAAACCACCACGAUCUCCUUGCCACUUUGUUCUGGGCAGCUCCCCCCGACCUGCGUCCGGCCGUCAGCCUCAUUGAGCGCCUUGUUUCCCCGGAGAACUCCCAUAAGGAGGCCUGCCUGAUCAAUAUCCGCUGUUGGUCGCAACUCGCGCGAUUCAUCGUUGCCUCUGGAGAGGCAGGCACAACGUUCAGACCGUUCAAUCAGUGGCGGAACUCGUUCUUCCAGCAGGUUCUCCGGCAGUUCAGUUCAGUUGCGCCUGAAAUUCAACAGCAAGUUCUUGCCCUGGCCAAGGAUGGCCGGCAGCCGAUCAGCGAAGAUCGCAUAAACGACACCAUUGCUCGAAACAAGGCGGCGAUAGGAGACGUGCUUUACUCUUCUGUUGCCGCUUCUCUGGAUGUCCUGACGGCCGCUACAGAUCUUGAAGGAGCCACCUUUUCACUGAACACCUACCAACUUCAGACUAUCUACCAACAGUUCGCAGCCGCUCCACCAGACCUCGACUGGGGAACAUUGCAGGCUGCCGUCACCACGUUGGGCUCAUUCCUCCGCAGGGUGGACGACUUCAAGGAAGAAGAGGAAAGCCAGCAAAGCGAAAGCCAAAUUUUGAACUCGGCUUUGGCUGACGACGCUUUGGAAACGGUCGAGCGCGUCCUACUUCGAGGAUUCUUUUCCAUGGCUCGCUGCGUGAUGUCCUCACGAAACGAAAAGAAGCCCAACGUCUUUACAAGUGGAAGCAAGGACAAAUGCAUAGAGAGCGUGGUUUCGCUCUCUGCACGUUUGAGCGCACGAUACAUCAAGUGCGGCAGCUUCGAACUUUCAGACAUGUUCAAACCAGGCACAUACGGCUUGUUUGUCGCACCACCUCAUCAAUUGGACCUGCAUCUACGGCGGCACAUGACCCAUUUCGUGUCUGUUCUGCUGGAGUCUGGUCUGGAAUCCUGGACCACAUCGGAGUGUAGCUUACCGGAACUGUGGGCGCUGUCGCUGGUGAAGCCGCGAGACUACCUCAAGUAUGAGAACGAGUUUGCCAAGCAGCUUCACAAGAGCGGAAAAGACUUCGUGCCAGACGCGGUGGUGGCUCUGGGCCCAAAGCCUGACUACGUGACGAACCGAGACUUGUUUGAGUUUGCCGUCUCGCAGAUGAGAAGGUCGAUUCGCGACGCUGGGCCGUCGCUCAGAACCAUCUUGUUGGCGGAGCAUUCUGUAACUCUGCAGCGGGUGAUGGAGCAGAUCAAGAUGGACCUCAAGGCAGUGUCGAAUGACAUGUCGAGCCAUCAAGGCUACGUGGCCUUCAUUCGGAGCAUCGUCUCGCUCAUCAAAUCUCACGGGUCCGAGAUCCGGCCGGUGGACAACUUCUUCUACCAGAUCUCGAACGAAUACUCGCCCUCCACCGACGACCCCCAGCUGCAGGUUGCGGGAUUGAUCUCAUAUGGCGUGCGGAUCAGAGAAGGCGAUACGAGAAGCAGUCAGCAGCUCUUCCACCUCCUGCUCAGCAACGUCAAGUUUGCAAUCAGCAACGACAGGCUACGAGAGGACGUGACUAUGCUGAGGAAAGGCAUGGCGAACCAGGGCAUCGUCGGCUUUGUUCUGGGCAAGAUGCUGCCCUCCUGCGUUCGAGCUGCGUUCAGACACACUUCCGCACACCCGCUACUGGACAUUUAUGGAGAAGCGCUGCGUAUCCUCUUGGCCAAAAAGGUCGUUGCCUACGAAUUGACCGAGGCCGACCUCCCGCACGCCGUCAGUCUGGCGCACGCCGCGAUCGAGGGCAUAGACGACUGGGUCACUGAUGCCGCCGUUUUGUCAGCCACGCAAUUGCAUGUUUUGCGGCAGAUUGUGGCGGUUCUCAACUUGCUGUGGCCACAGAUCCGUGUCAUCGCCGCGUCUAGCCCCUCCUCACAAGCUUGGACCAGACUGUGCAACUGUUUCGAGCUCCUCGACCAAAUCAUGACCACAGCCGACGACGUGACGAGUAAUCUCGUUCGAGCGGGAGAGACAGUGACAACAGCAGGUAGGCUCUUUGGCGCGAACACGGCCAGCGGCGCCCGAGAAGUGCGGUUUGACUCGGACGUCAAGAUGUUUACGGAUCUGAUUGUCAAGGACGUGGCAACUGGCUGGGGCAGCCGAGAGAAUCGGAUGACUACCCAGGCUAACAAUCACGGCGGCGCGUCAGUGAAGGGCGUGCCGGUUCCGGCUUUCGACGCUGAAGGCGUGCUGCAAGACUUGCAUGAGCGCAUACGGGAAUGGCGCUGGUGGUGGGACGAGGUGUUUGGAGUUCCGUCGCUCGCCGUCUUGGUUGACAAUGUUGUGUUUUGA